UCAUAUAUACCUCAUCUUAUAGCUAACAUACAUACCAAUAAUUUUGUAACUCGAAGAUCAGAUCAGAGUUUAAGAGCUUUAAAGUUCGAGUCUUCUGAACGUUACAGAUCAGAAAUGACUUUUUUGAAGAAGUUUGGCAAAGCCGCCGGGCGUGGUGGCCGGAAAAAGAAGAUUUCCGGGGUGGGUUCACUGGGAGAGCUGACAAUUCCCACCAAUUUCAUCUGUCCUAUAACGCUGGACUUGAUGAAAGAUCCGGUGACAUUGUCCACCGGAAUCACGUACGACCGGGAGAGCAUCGAGCGGUGGCUGGAGGCGGGGAGCAAGACGUGCCCGGUGACGAAUCAGGGUUUGACGACGGCGCGUGAUCUCAUACCCAACCACGCCAUCAGGAAAAUGAUCCAAGGGUGGUGCGUGGAGAACAAGUCUCACGGCGUCGAGAGGAUCCCGACGCCGAGGAUUCCGGUGAGCCCUUCCCAGGUUUCCGAGGUUUGCGCGAGGAUGGAGGGCGCGGCGGAGCGUGGGGACGACGCGAAGUGCGCGGAGUUGCUCGAGAGAAUUAAGGUUUGGGGUAAAGAGAGUGAGCGAAACAAGAAAUGCCUUAGAGAGAACGGCGCCGGCGGAGCCUUGGCGGCGUGUUUCGAGUUCUUCGCCGGAGUUCCCGGCGCGAAACACGCGGAUUUGUUGAAGGAUUUGCUGUCCGUACUAACAUGGAUGUUCCCCGUUGUCGGAGAAGAAGGCAGGUCGAAGCUAGGGUCAAAAACGUCAUUACGUUGCAUGGCAUGGUUUUUGAACGGCGAGGAUUUAUCCGCCACUCAAAACGCACUAAUAGUCCUCAAAGAAUUACUCCAUUUGGACCAAAAUUACGCCAACGCCCUCCUAGAAACCAACCAAGAAAUCCCCCAGGCUUUGUUCAACGCAGUGAAAGUACCGAUCUGCCCUUCCGAUAAAACCACCACCAAGGCUUCCCUCACCGUCAUGUACCACAUGAUCACCUCGCAACCCAAUGGCAAAAAGGUCAUUUCAAAGCUCCUGGACGCCGGCCUGGUCUCCGUCCUCCUGGAAAUCCUCGUCGACGCCGACAAAAAUGUCUGCCAGACGGCGUUAGCGGUGUUAGACGGCGUCUGUUCAAGCCAAGAAGGGAGAGAGAAGGCUUGCAGUCAUCCAUUAACGAUGCCGUUAUUAGUGAAGAAGAUCAUGAGGGUUUCGGAAGUGGGCACGGAGCUGUGCAUCUCGGCAAUAUGGAAACUGUGCAAAGGUGAAGAUGAAAGGGCCGCCAUUGAAGCACUGGAAUUGGGAGCUUUCCAGAAGCUUCUGGUGGUUCUGCAAGUUGGGUGCGGAGAGAAAGCGAAGGAGAGAGCGACGGAGUUGUUGAAGCUGAUGAAUCUUUACAAGGAUAGAGUUGAAUGCUUGGACUCGUCCACCGGCUUCAAGUAUUUGAAAAGGUCAUACUGAUCGAUGAUCGGAGACGGACCGGAAAA